AUGAAUAUUCACCUCGUGUUCGGUCCCCCGGCCGGCAUCUUCCCCCGGCAUAAAUGCGACCCUCAAAGACCCCCGCAACCGAAUGCGCCGGGUUUCAAUCCUGUCAUGGCAAAAGUCAAUGUUUGCCCCCCACACCGAGAACACGUCCGAGGGGCACCAGAGUCAAAGCACGAGCUCGAUGCCCAAACAGGUAAUCGUACCAAUGCCAUUUUAAGAUCCUCGGUCUUUCCUAUGACGGCCAGUCCCGUACGACUUCACUUUGUGCGUCUAGACCCAAAGAUUCGGUUUAGAUGUCAUCGUUGA